AUGAAUCUUCAAAGCGUUGCCAUCUUUGUUCUUCUCUCUUUAUCUGUGUCCGUCUUUUCGGACGCUGCUAGAGCCGGCGGCUGGAGUUCAAUCGCGAACAUCAAAGAUCCAUACGUAACAGAGAUCGCUCAAUUCGCGUUGACAGAACAGGAGAAACAAUCUGGUGAAAAAUUGAGUCUGGUGGAAGUGAUUAGCGGUAAAAGUCAGGUUGUGGCUGGAACCAAUUAUCGACUUGUGUUAGCGGCGAAAGAUGAAUCUGUUACCAAGAAUUAUGAAGCGCAGGUUUGGGAUAAACCAUUUGCACAUUUUAGGAACCUCACUUCCUUUAAACCACUUUCCUAA